GAUAGGAAAAGUAGAGCAGAGGCCGAGUCCCAAACCUCUUUUAGGUCCAUCACUGCGACCUCCGACCUCAAACGCCGUGUUGCCUCCGGGGACGCCACGCCGUACCCGACUGACAUCACCGGCCAGCUCAACCUAUCGGAUCCCUCCGUCAGCACUGUGGUCUGAGAGAGGACACACACACACACAAACCCACACACACACACACACAGAAAGUCAGACUGAGCAUCCUCUGAGACAGGAAGUAGAGAACGAUAGCAUCAGGACUUUUGGAUGGCAUCGCACUGUGCCAACACAAACACACACACACACCAUCUGUCAUCCCAAAACACACACACAAACUCGCCUCUUCUCCGCUUGUAGCCGUCAGCCGUCCUCCAACCAGAGGAUGUCUUUUAUUUUGAAAGAACAGUUUUUCCAAUGGCUUUUAUUUUGGUAGAGUUAAUGGAUGUUGUACAGUUUCCUGUGCGUCACAUCGAUCCUCCCGAUUCCUUUUUUUUUUUUUUGUAAUUCCUGCCGGUACCUCGAGCACCUGAGCGUCCAGCGCCUCUCUCUCACCUGCCGAUCGAUCGGGGUCUCGCCUCGGUCAGUGGGUUAUUGAUCAACCCGGGAGCAACAGGUGGGCCACGCCUCUGGGACAGGAAGUAGUUUCUCUGACCUGCAGCAUUGAACCAAACCCGAGGAUUAUGGGUAGCGUGGUCUUUAAACUGAGGGCCGUGAACAACUGAUCACAAUAUGGAUUGGAGUGGAAUUUCAAAAUAAAACGCAGGUGAAUAGGAUGAAAUAUGAACUAGAUAUCGCCCUGAAACGUCCCCUCUGCAUUCCCAACAUUAACUAAAUCACUUUCUAUUUCAUAAGCUUUCUCCCGCUCGCCCCCCCCUUUUUAAAACCCCUGUUUAGCAUUUAAAUCAUUAUAAAAAAAUAAAUAGUUUAUAACACACUCUUUCCGCAGAUAUCAGCGCAUUUUUAUUGUUAACUAUAUUUAAAAAAAAUAUUCUUCUUCACUUUAAAGACAAGUUAUAAUUGUUGUCAAAUCCACUGAUAAUAAAUGCUGUUAAGUCCUUUUAUCUGUUGUGUUAUAAACAAUUUAUUAAGUGUUAUAUUGCUUAUUAAUGCUAACGCUUACCACAUUAUAAUUAUCAAUAUUUAAGGAAAAUAUGUAAAUAUUUGUUUAUUUAAAUUUAUAUGAAAUUCACAGAAGAACUUAUUAUUUAGGAUUUAAUGAGAAACACGUUUUUUACAAAAAAUCAAACUGAAAACAAAAAUAUAUAAAGUGCGAAAUCAGUAACACUUCUUUAUAUAUCCUUCAUACUUCUUUUUACUUUUAUUUUGAAAUGUUGAACGUUUUAUUUUGAAAGGAACAUUUAAUUUAUUAUUAUUGUAGAUGUUAUUGUUUUAUUUGUUAUGAUACCACUGCCACUGCUAUUAUGAGAAUACUCCCUGAACCAGAAGCCUGGCCCACCGCCCCCUGACCACCCCAGGGCAUGAUGGGAAAUGUAGUCAUUGCUCCGCCUCCACUGACGUCCAGUGAAAACCUCCUGGCUCCUCUGGAGAUAAGGGGGUUUUGAGAAGUGCAGCUGGCGUCUCUUUAAAUAAAGUGUGUAGAGAUAUUAAAAAAGGUUGUGUGUGAAAUAGAAGUACACCUGUUGAUGAAGACACCUGAGCGUCACUGAGAACAAGAACCCUGUCACCAUCUUUACUUCCUGUCUGUGAAAGCCUGCAGAGCUCUGAGCGUCCUGUCGAUGCUCUCAGUGUUAGCAUCAGGACGUCUGAAGUUAGGAUGGGAAAAAGAAACGCUCAAUACUUUCAAGAAAUAUCCCAAAAGCUUGUCAUCAACUGAAGCUCAGCGAACGCUAAUAAGCUAGCUGUUUGUUUUCCAUUUCUGAAGGACAGUUUUGUUGUUGUACGAGAAACACUGAUGCUAAGAUAGCAGCUCACACUAAUCAGCAAGCUAAAGUAAAUCAGGAAAUCCAGUUGUAUUUGCUAUGAUUAAACCUCAGCUAAUGCUACUCUACCAGCUAAAGCUAUCUGUAGUCCUUCAGCUGGACUACAGGUUACAGGGUUUGCCAAUGUAGCUCAUGAUGCUAGCUAGCUUGCAGUUACGUGUCCAUGAGGGUUAAGCUAAUGCCAAUGUAGCUCAUGAUGCUAGCUAGCUUGCAGUUACCUGUCCAUGAGGGUUAAGCGAAUGCCAAUGUAGCUCAUGAUGCUAACUAGCUUGCAGUAACGUGUCCAUGAGGGUUAAGCGAAUGCCAAUGUAGCUCAUGAUGCUAACUAGCUUGCAGUAACGUGUCCAUGAGGGUUAAGCGAAUGCCAAUGUAGCUCAUGAUGCUAACUAGCUUGCAGUUACCUGUCCAUGAGGGUUAAGCUAUCUCUUAAAAUUACUUGUUUUAAUGAAAGAAUAUAUAUUUAUUAUUUACUUACAUGCAUUAUAUUAUUAACAGCAUAUAUCAUAAUAUUAAGAAUAAAUAACUGUGAUAUUUAUUGUGGCACGGUUCACUUUUUAUUUCCCGUUGACUUCACAAUAAGAGCACCGACAGAAACUGUUAAGUAGAGCGUUUUCUUUGGAGUUUCAUUAAUAAAUACUAAACAAAAACA